AUGACGACAUUGAUGAUGACGACAAUGAUGAUGAUGAUGAUUGUGAUGGUAUUAUUGUUUUUGAAAGAAAUAAUUUAUCAUUUUGUAUAUUCACAUCUUUACCAGGAUUUUGUUUUUUCCAUUUUGUACGCCUAUUUUGAAACCAUAUUUUUACUUGUGUCUCUGUUAAAUUCAAUGAUAAUGCAAGAUUUAAACGUUCACAUACUGAUAGAUAACGUGUCAUUUUAA